AUGAUAAGGCCACUCAAAUCAGAUACUAAAGAUAAAAAAGCAAAUGAAAAUUAUACGAUUUCAAAUUAUUCAACAUCAUAUAAAUUGAUUUCAGUCAAAGAUAAAGUAGGUAUAAAUACUCUUAACACUAAUGUUAAAAUAGCAAGUAAAAGCAAGAAAAAUAAGAAAUCUGCUUGGAUUUCAACAUUUAUUUACGUUAAUCCACAAAUUGAAAAACCAAUUGAAGUAAAUGUAUUUUAUUCUAUUAUAAACAAAAAAAUAUUUAAAAAAAUUUGUAAUUAUGCUCAAAUAGUUUUGAAAAAAAAACAAGAACAAGAAGCAAUGGAUGAAAUAUUGAGAUCAAAAAAAAAUUCAUUUUCUUUUGGAGAUUUAUUUCCUUCUUCACGUUUGUUUAAAAAAAAGAGGAAAGAGAUGUCGGAACCUUCAGCUGAUCCUAGAUUAGUAGUAUCUUUAACAUCUACCGAAAUACAUCCAUACUUUACAUUGAGUACAAAUGAAGAAAUUAAAAAACAUCCACAUAUAAAAUUUCAAAUUAAUAAAUUUAAUGAUAAUCUAUUUAAUCAAGAUGGUUUACCACCGUGGAUUUAUGAAUUAGAAUUUGAAAAUAGUGAAAAUUCAGAAUCUGAAACUGAUGUUAAUUUGAACAUUGAUUCAGCAUUACUUGUAGACUUAUAUAAUGAUAGAUUGAAACUUUUGUCAGCUGAUCAUAAACCUUCCUAUUCAAUGUUUCCAUUUAGAGAAAAUGUUUCUGUAUCAUGUGAAUUAGAUUUUUUAUUUAAAUGGGAAUAUAUUGUAUCUAAUACUAUAAGAAGUCUUGUAGCAAUUAUAGAAGAUAAAGAUUCAAUGAUCGAAAAAUCUGAAACAUCAAAAAAUCAAAAUGAUAAAGGUAUUUCAUUUAAACCUUUACCAACAUAUUAUUUAGCUUUUAAUAGAGAACGUCCAUACAAAAAAUAUAUAAAAGUACCGUAUAUAUGUACUAAAAUUUUAAAAAGUGUAGAAAAAGAAGAAUUGGUAUUAUAG